AUGUCUGGCUUAGUCGAGCAUUUCAGAAAUUAUUACGGCCCAGAGGCACUCGACUGGUUUGAUGUCUCAUACAUAGGUGACUGGCUCACGGCAACCUUACUCUGGUUUGUUGCCGGAUUCAUCGACCAUUUUGAAGUCUUUGAACGCGAGUUCUCUCUUGAUGAUCCGCUCAUCAGUCAUCCGCAUAAGAAGCAGCAGAUAAGUGGAUAUACGAAUAAUGCAAUAGCCUUGCUGGUACCGCUCGUGUUCAUAACAGCAGCUUCAGUCAUGAAGCGAUCUUUCAUAGACUUACAUCAUGGUGCUCUUGGCCUAUGGGUCUCUAGGAGUUUAUCACAUGUCAUAACGGAAUUCCUGAAGAACAGAGUUGGUCGCCUUCGUCCUGAUUUUCUAACUCGUUGUAAAUGGGGAGAGGCAGUCAAUCAUUGUACUGGCAAGUUCAAUGACAUUCUUGAUGGUCGCAAAUCGUUUCCAUCGGGCCACUCUUCUACCGCAUUUGCAACGAUGACCUUCCUCUUUCUCUGGCUCAGUGCACAUACAGUAGCAUGGACCUUUAGCGCUGCCCUUCCACCGCGAAAUCCAUGGAUAGUCACAUCUCGCAUGGGUAGAGUUUUCAUCACGCUGCUCCCUUUAAUUUUUGCGACGUGGGUUGCUUUGUCAAGACUCGAAGACUAUAGACAUCACAAAGAAGAUGUAAUCGUCGGAGGCCUCAUUGGCAUCCUUUGUGGGGCUGUUGGCUAUUUGUCGUACUGGCCAAACCCGUUCUCUCAUCGCCGACACUCUGAUGGGACGACUAUCACACCAAGGCUCUUGUACAGCAAUGAAUCGGAUCGUUUGAGUUCAGGGGAAACGAACAGAAAUGACUAUGAAUUAGCGCGGCUUGAAGAAGGGUCCGCAUAGCUCGCGUGAGGAGGAAAACAAACUAUCGAGAGUUAAAAAAAACGGAAAGGAUAUUUGGGCUUUUGACCUCUGAACCGUUAUGCACUGUCCUUAACAAAUAUCCAUCGGUCGCCUACUUUACGCAUUUGCCCACCUCGAUUGCCACCGCCAACCUCAUUACCAGUGCCAGCCGCUGGUAUUCCCAUAUCCUCUGUGCCUGCAACCCCACCUUCUUUCGAGGAGAAUAAUCGUUGUAAGGGGGGCUCCGGAACCACCGCAUCGGAAUUUUCGUCGUUUGUUUUUAUGCUAUACAUGUCACUCGUUUGCCGGUCCUGGGUUGUUUCGCGACCUGUAUCGGCUACCCUCGAUGACGUGCCCGCACUAUUUUCUUCGCCAUUGGGAUCCAUCCCUGUGCCCAUGCCCAUAGUCAUUGCUGUCUCCAUACUGGCCAUCACUAAUUGUAAUAAUUCUUCUUGCGACGGAACGUAACCAUGUGUGCCCUGAAAGGCGUCACCUAAUGCUUGCCAGGCAUCUGCACUUGUCGGGUCAAACGUCGAGAUGUCGAAGUUUUCAAGGCUCGUUGCGUUCGAGUGGGUAUUUCUCAAACCACUAGAAUCAACUACCAUCGAGCUGGCGGCACGAGGAUCUGCUAAUUGUGCUGUUGCAGCCUCAUCGACAGUAUCAGGACCCGAUCCUCCUUCAUGGACACCAGGCGGGGCGCCUUCGGAUCUCCGUCUACUUUCCUCAGGCUCUUCAGAACCAGGACGAAUGUCGCGACCAAAUUCAUCCUUUCCUGGUCCAGAAGCUCCAGGCAACGGGGCCCGAGGACGUUCCACUGGUGAUGCUAUAGCCGGUCGUCGUGGUGGGCUGUAGGUCGGUCUGUUAUCUCGUCUGCGUGAUGGAGGACUCCGCGAGUUACUAUUCAAUCGUCGUCGAUUUGGCGGAGGACAUCCUUCGUAAUAAUCAUCACGUCCGCGAUCCCAUGAGGAAGACUCGUAAUCUCGAUCAUACUCCCCUCUGAAAUCACCCCUCCCACGACCUCGGAAUCCACCACGAAACCCGCGUGCAUUGACACCUCGGCGCCGGUUGUCGUGGUAGUAUUCGCCUCUUCCCGCAGCAUCUGGUGCUUCGUCGAAUUUGCUAGGCCGAGAUUCUCGGUAUCCAGGCCCAGGAUUUGGUUGGCGCUCACUGCUAACAGGUGAUGCAGUACUCGGACUGAACAUAUUAUUAUUUUGCGGCACCACGUUAGGAUUAGCAAUAUACGGUGACAUUCCAAUCAUUAUUGGCUGAGGUAUUGGUCGUACUUGUGGUUGCGGGGGAGCACCAGCAAUACCCGGUUGUUGGUGCCCUCCAUUAUUACUGAGCUGCUGCAGAAGCGCUAACUGCAGCUGCCCCAGCUGGGCCUGGUUUUGUGUUUGUGGAAGUGACAAAGCAGGAGGAUUUGAUAUGUUUGCAGGUGUUUGGCUGUUUCAGGUGAUCGUCAGAUGAAUACAUUUCUAGUCGACGAGUACAGAUGGACACUGAUAGGAGGAAAGGCGUGCUCACCCUAUUAAAGAAUUGUUUGCGGCGGCGGCGGCGGCGGUAGAUAGCAGGGCAAGGAGAGCAGCCUGCGCGGCCUCAGCAUUGGGCGGCGUAGUGGUACUCGCUGCAGGAGGCGGUGUGAUCACGGCCGGCGGCGUCGGAUGUUUGCGUGGAUCGGUCGUGGGCGUUGGCGUGUUGUUCGUUGCAGGCUUUGCUUCUUUCACUGUCUGAUCAGAACUCUCAGCCGCCCUGCACUGCGUAUUUAACCGUGUUAGUACACUCGAAGGAAAUGUACUCGAUUUCGUCCAUAUGUCAAGUAUUUUCUUCGUUUUUUCCUGUAUCCAUACAUGUAAGGCGAGGUGUGAACGUUAGGUUACGGCGUAAGUCAGUGGUAUUAAGGCGAAACAACACAUCGAUAUAGUACGGGAACGAGCUGCUCGAUCACAUGAAACGCAUAUAGCCGCUCUGCCGUCUUUUUCGACGUUCAAUGUCGCUUCACUUCAAAGGACAUCACUGUACUCGUGCUGUAUAGCCAGAUUUUGCCACUGAUUAGCUCCUUUUGGAGGCGAUGGUCAAUGUACAGAUACUUUGCCAGUACGAGCUAAAGGAACGUGAUAUACAGCACCGAGUCCAGCAGCAUAAGGUGGCUCUCUUUCGGGUAGCGUUCGAUGCACGAACAGCUCUUUACGUCCAUACGAUAGUACUGCGGUUAGUUUCUCACCUUUGCUUCUGGAACUCCGGAUGAAAGUACGUCCUGAAACAAUCCGUCAAGUACGCUGUCUACCUUUGAAAGAAAUGUCGCGCAGUUGCCCUUCUCAGUAUUGGCAUCUCCAGAAAGUUUACGCUUGACCACUUGACCACGAGCUGCACGGCACAAAGCAUCGAAAACAUAGAGAGACGAUAUUUUUGCAGAGCCCCGGACAAAUUUGUGGGUGCGGAACAAAAUUGACACAAGCUGCGUGUCAUUCUCCAUCAGCUUCAUAGAUAGCUCCGUCAGCUUCUCCAUCUUCGAGGCUGACAGCCUCUUUGCAUUCACCACCUCCUUCAGCAAGACUUCAAACUCCUCAACGUUCGCCAUGUACGCAUAUGCAGGUCCAAAGGCAAGAUGUUAAGGAAAGGUCGAAA